UCUAUGCCUUUCCCCAUCUAUAUAUACCCACCCAUCAUUGCCCCUUUCUCUCCCUCAUUCAAAACUCGAUUCAUUUUUCCCAUUCUUCUUUAAUUAGUUAUCAAUAUAAGAGUUGUCUGAAAUGGCGGCAGUCUCCACCAUGGAAUCCGACCACCUCACCAAUCACAUUUUCUCCAUCCUUGAGAACAAGUUCCUCUUCGGCCGCUGCUCUGACGGAACCCCCACCGCCGCUUCGUCGCCGGGGAAGGUUCGGAUCCUCUCCAUUGACGCCGGCGGCUCAACCGACGGCGUCCUCGCCGCCAGAUCUCUGGCCUGCCUCGAAGCUGCCCUUCGCGCCGAGUCCGGUAACCCCGGUGCCCGCAUUGCCGAUUUCUUCGACGUCGUUGCUGGCUCCGGCGUCGGCGGCGUUCUCGCCGGCCUUCUCUUCACGCGCGGGAAAGACGGGUCCCCGUUGUUCACUGCCGGAGAAGCGCUCUGUUUCGUCCUGGAAAACGGCGGCAGGUUUUCGAGGCCGGAGAAGAGUGGGGUUUUCCGGCGACGUUCCCGGACUUCGAAGCUGCUCAAGAAGGUGUUCGGGGAGGCGACUCUGAAGGACACUCUGAAAUCCGUUCUCAUCCCCUGUUUCGAUCUCACGACGGGAGCCCCGUUCGUGUUCUCACGCGCCGACGCGCUUGAGAUGGACGCCUGCGAUUUCCCGAUGGCCGACGUUUGCGGGGCCACCCUAGCUAACCGACCAUUCGAGAUAAAGUCGGUAGACGGGAGAACGAGGACCUCCGCCGUGGGCGGCGGCGUGGCCAUGAGCAACCCUGCCGCGGCGGCCAUCACUCACGUCCUCAACAACAAGCAGGAGUUUCCGUUCUCCGCCGGCGUGGAGGAUCUGUUGGUCGUGUCAUUGGGAAACGGAGAACCGGACUCCGGCGACGGUGACCUCACGCCUUCGUCGGCGUCGCUCGUUAAAAUUGUCGGAUGUGGAGCUGCCGACAUGGUGGAUCAGGCGGUGUCAAUGGCGUUUUCAAGCAGGGGGAGCAGAAGCAGCUACGUACGGAUCCAAGGGCGGGGGGAGGAGAUGUUGAAGCAGAGGAACGUGGAGACGGUGUUGUUCCGAGGCAAGAAGUUGGCCCCCGCCUCCAAUCUCCAAACGCUCCUCCACUCCGCCGCCCCUCAACUGCUCAAGGAACACCUCCGGAGAACCACUUGCCGCGGCAUUCUGCCCCCGGUGGUCCUCCUCAAACAACAGCCGCAGGCCGCCUCCGCUUCUUCUCCCCGCACCUCUUCUUCCUCCACAAUUUUAUCCUCCAACUCCUCCUGUUAAUCAAUCAUCUGCAUGCCUGGCUCUUAUCAUUAAUUAAUCGUCGACCAUAUCAGUGUUAUUAUAAGCUAAGUGGAGCUAGCAAAUGCUAAUAUGAAUUAGGCAGCAGCUAGGCUAAUCCAGAUACAUAUAUAAUUAUUAUAAUUAUGUAUGUUGAAUAAUAAUAUGAAUAUUCAUCUGUUUUUUUAUUAGGUUGGUUAGUUUAGAGUGCGUACAUGUUGAUGGUGGAUCGAGUUGUGUCUCUGGAUCGGACGAGUUUAAGUUAAACAUCCCAAAGAGUUGGCAAAUUCUGUUCCUAAGCCUU